UUUGGGUGUCUCUUCUCCUCCCCAAAGCUGGGCUCCUCCCGAAUCCCGCCCCCCCCGUGGCCCUGCUGCUUUCGAGGUCUUGCCGGAUGCUGUCCCCGACUUCCCCAGCGGCGGUGUCCUGAUCCCCCUUCCCUCCCUCGUGCCUGGGGGGAGGCGCCCCUCCGCGCGAGUGAGGCUAGAAGUGUCUCUGUGCGUGCGGAAGGGGCGAGCGGCGGCAUCGUGCCCCCACCCCGCUCUGGGCGCAGUCUGCGCGUUUAUUCAACAAACCAGCGAUUGUCCCCUGUGCCGCGCUCCUGCCGCCGGGGGAGGGUGCGGAGCAGAGAGCCUCGCCCCAGGGGCAGACGCUGUUCUGCUGGCAGGCCAGGUUCUGAACACGUGGUGAAGCUGCUGGGGUUCCUCAGCUCUGCAUGGGGAGGGUGCUCCGCAGAGGAGCGUGGUGGAAGUGAUGCAGGGCCCCGGAUCUGGCUCUGUGAAGAUACAGGACACCCAACCGUAGGUGGAAUGCAUAGAGGUCAAGCCAAUUUGUGGUACAGUACUUUCACCGGAGCCUCACCCAUGCGAAUAUGGAUUCCCAAAAGGAUGUUCAGCCUCCAAAGCAACAGCCAAUGAUUUACAUUUGUGGAGAAUGUCACACAGAAAAUGAAAUAAAAGCAAGAGAUCCUAUCAGGUGUCGAGAAUGUGGGUACAGAAUAAUGUACAAGAAAAGAACAAAAAGAUUGGUUGUCUUUGAUGCCCGGUAAUGUGAAUUCAAGAUGUAGCUGUUUUGGCCUGGUUCAUUUUAGUAUACUGAUAACUUUGGUUUGUAUACACAUCUGUUGUGGAGAAAUAUAUACUUUUUCAUUCUGAUAUCAGUUGUAAAUUAUUCAAGUAGUUAAAUAAAGUUUUUAAUAUCAAAUAUUCAGUUUCACUUUUGAAUUCAGUGGAGUUAUGCUUGCUUACACCAGUGCUAAACUUGGCCCAAUAUGUCCAAGUUCCCUGAUUUUUCUAUUCCCAUCUCAGAACCUCACUAAGACACCAAUCCUGUAGAGACUUUAAACAUGUUUAACUUUAUGUACUGAGUAGUUCCAUAAACUCCAAAGAGAGUACUUGCUGCAUAAAGUCAAACGUGCAUAAAUCUUUGUAGGCUUGAGGGCUAAAUCUAGGCAAAAGGGCUGUAGAACAACAAAUAGUGUCAAUGUAUGAUGUGUUCUUUAUAGGGCUGUCGAGUAAUCGCAAUUAACUCACAUGAUUAACUCAAAAAAAUUAAUCGCAUUGUUAAACAAUAAAAUACCAAUUGAAAAUGUAGAAAAAAAAACAAAAAUAUUUAAUAAAUUUCAAUAUAUUGCUUUCUAUUACAACACAGAAUACAAAGUGUACAGUGCUCACUUUAUAUUACUUUGAUUACAAAUAUUUGCACUGUAAAAAUGAUAAAAGAAAUAGUAUUUUUCAAUUCACCUCAUACUAGUACUGUAGUGCAAUCUCUUUAUCAUGAAAAUGCAACUUACAAAUGUAUAUUUUUUGUUGUUACAUAACUGCACUCAAAAACAAA